GUCAUGUAAUAAGAGUAACUGUCAAAGUCAAUGCAAUUUAAUUUACACCGGUAAAAUAAUUUCAUAGAAUUUUGUUUUUAUAUCUACAUUGAAACGCUUAUCAUGGCGGUGAACAGUGCCACGUCUUUCGUCCUGUCGUCUAUCCUAACCUUGCUGAUAUUUUCUGGAAUGCAAAUGUACAAGCCACUUUUAAUAAGAUCGCCAAUCACAAUCAUAUUUGGAGGCUAUUUGGGAUCUGUGAUGUUCAUGUUCUUCGUUACUGCUAUAGGUAACUUGGAGGCUACGUUGUUUGGUAAAAACUUUCAACUCAAGUUGCCAGAGAUUGCACUGUCUAUGGUGAUAUCACUCAUUGCGUCGGGCAUGGUGCAUAGAAUUUGUUUUACUACAUGUUUAAUAUUUUCGCUAAUAACUAUCUACUAUAUGAAUAAGCUGUCACAGAAAACAUAUGUAACAGUAGCUGCCGUUCCAGCACCAGUUAAGAGUCGUCGCCACAAAUAAUACUGCACAAACUCAUAUUUUCAAAUAAAUAUUUUAUAGAAUCCUUA